CGGUGGCAUCGACAUUCACGUUUAUCAUGGCGGCUCUUAGGCAAGCGGCGUUCAACCUGUGCUUUCGCCGGCAAAAUUUUGUCAAACUUUACGCCGGUGCCACCGCCGCUUGUAUACAUUGUGCCAGCCUUUCCUACCAAUGUUCCAGGACGUCGCAACUUCGUCCACUUGGCUCGCCAGUGUGUGCUGAUAAGACUCUCCAGCGAUAUUCAGCACCGGCGCUAUGUGCUCACUCCGUCCGCCGAUGCUCAUCACGAAGCGAAAACAGCUUCAAUUUGAUGAAGAAUCCGAACAUAGUGUGGCCAAACUUAAUACUUACGAUCAAGAAUUGGAUACAAACUAUAUUCAUCAUCAAGCCCUACUUGGACGCGACUUUCAAUCAGCGCGAGUUCCUUGACGGUGCCAAGCAGGCAAUGACGUACGUUUCGGUUCUGAUGGCUAAUGGAGACUUCAAAUCCAUGGAAGGCCUGGUCACUAACGAUGCAAGUACACCACCCCAGGCAAAGUGCUGCUCCUUGAGUGUCGAACAACGUCAGAGACUGGCCGUCAAGUUGUCCGAUAUCUACUUUUGCUUCUUAUACCAAAUUGGUAUCAUUAUGGAUGACAACAGCAACCAAAGAUAUGUGGAAGCCACUGUUGUCUACCACUACAUGCCAGGACUAGAAGAGGCACGGCGAAAUCCCGAAAUGGUGGAGCACCUUCAAGAUAAGGUCCAUGUUGCCAACUACAGGUUCAUUCGGGAUUAUACUAAAGGCGCAGAGAGUGACUGGACUAUCAAUCAGCUAAACCACUUCAAAAUGGCAGCAGUGCCUUGAGCAAUUGUGGAAGUUUCCACGUCUGCAAUUUGGAAUGUUUACUGCGAGCUUAUGUAGAUUGGCACUGGUUACUAUAUGGCCAGUUGUAUGUGCUAUACAGUCAUUAAAAAUUUGUGUCUGCAACUGAGUUCUUAAUGGUGCCAACUGUACAUUCUAAACCUUUUUUUUUUCUUGUUGCUAAUUUUAGAUGUCAUUGUGGAGCAGUUCAAUCUAGCUACACUAAAAUGAAAACUAAACACAUAGCGGGCCACAUACCUUAGCCAAGAAGUUUUGAAUCCAUCGCUAAGCAGCAGUACUUGAAGAAAAAAUGCUUCUAGUACCGAGUACAGUCGCACAAUAAAAAAAUCAAAACAGGCAACUCAAUCCUCACUAAACAUUUAUUUAAUAAGAAAUUUUGAAACAAAAAAAUAAAAAGAACAACGUGACCAUCCGACCUGUCUUGGGCAGCUUCUACUGCUGCGGGCUCAUACUUUAUAAAUGAAGCACUGGAUUUGGCCAUGUAGCACAGGCUCAGCAA